ACCGCAGCGGAGACUCCUAAGCACAGCGCCUGGUGCAUGCACCCAGGUGGGUCCAAAUGAAGGACGCUUUGCAGGUGACUGUCUGGGAGCUGAGAUCCCCCUUUUCCAAGAAGCGUGGGAAUGUCCAACUUCACAGAACCAGCGGGAGCGUCUGAGCGAGCGAAUCUAGUCUGUCGGGAACUGUAAAACCCCCCUUGGGGAGGGCGGCUGUCUGGAGAGGCAGCGGGGCGUGGGCUGUGAAAUUCCUGCACGUCGGAGACCAGGGGAAACCACCGGCAAGCCUGGGAGCUGCAGUGGACACGGAGCAAAUGAGCGGCGAAGCGCUCCGCUAGCUGGAGGCGGCGGGAGUUCCCUGGGGCUGCGGGGCGGAGUUUGGACAGCCAGAAGCAGGCAACAGAUAGUUACCGAGUAGGAGGGCAGGGAAGGGGAGUGGAAUUCCCCAGGAUUCUCCCCCGCCCCAGCCUGGAAGUUAGUCCCGGGGACCCUCCCCCUGUCUGCGCUUGGGCACCGGCGGAUCGAUAGCAGCAGCCGCCCGGGUGGAUGUGUCAGUCUGGCGGCGGGGGCUGGCAGUCAGCACAGCCCAGCGCCAGGUGCCUGCAGCCCGGCCCCGUUGUUCCGCGGGAAGAACAUUGUCUGCGUCCAACAGCUGCAAGAAGCUUGCCGGUCCUGCUCGGCCGAGCCCCGCUGCCGACCCUCAGCCCGGGCGGGGAGGGAAUGGACAGGGAAGGUCUGGGGCUUGCUCGGGGCGGCAGAUUUCCCCAGCACGUUGUUCCUGGUGGAGGUGGGGAAGGAGCGGGCUCCUGGCCGAUCGGAAGCAGCUGAUUCCCCCACCCCGCGCCUCCUGGUUUUGCGGAUGGAAUUGAAGGCGGGGUGCUGAAGUUGCCGAAGCCUGCCUGGAUCCUCCCCUCCGCCCCUCUGACAAACCAUGCGGGAUCUAGCGAUCGAGAUCGGGAUACGAGUUCUGCUCUUCGGUGUCUUCGUUUUUACAGAGUUUUUGGAUCCAUUCCAGAGAGUUAUCCAGCCAGAAGAAAUCUGGCUUUAUAAAAAUCCUUUGGUACAAUCAGACAACAUACCUACACGCCUCAUGUUUGCAAUUUCAUUCCUCACGCCACUGGCUGUCAUUUUUGUGGUGAAAAUAAUCCGGCGGACAGACAAGACUGAAAUUAAAGAAGCCUUCCUAGCUGUUUCCUUGGCUCUCGCUCUGAAUGGAGUCUGCACAAAUACUAUUAAAUUAAUAGUGGGGAGACCUCGUCCCGAUUUCUUUUACCGCUGCUUUCCAGAUGGAGUAAUGAACUCUGAAAUGCACUGCACAGGUGAUCCAGAUCUGGUAUCCGAAGGCAGAAAGAGUUUUCCCAGUAUCCACUCUUCGUUUGCAUUUUCGGGCCUUGGCUUUACGACCUUCUACUUAGCUGGAAAGAUGCACUGCUUCACUGAAAAUGGCCGAGGGAAAAGCUGGCGGCUUUGUGCAGCAAUUCUGCCUCUGUAUUGUGCCAUGAUGAUUGCCCUGUCACGCAUGUGUGAUUACAAGCAUCAUUGGCAAGAUGCUUUUGUCGGAGGAAUCAUUGGCCUAAUUUUCGCUUAUAUUUGCUACAGACAGCACUACCCACCUUUGGGUAACAUGGCUUGCCAUAAACCUUACGUCAGCCUCCUAGUUCAGACCUCAACGAAGAAAGAAGAGAGACCAACAGCAGAUAAUGCUACCGGCCUGCCUCUAGAGGGAAUAACUGAAGGACCAGUAUGACUAAUAAAUGUGCACAAUGAACUUUUAGCCCUUCUCACAUUCCUCCAAACUGGUCUCUUAACAUGAUGUUUCCUACAGUACAUUUGGGCAGUGAUUUUUUUUUUUUUUUUAAGAUAUUUGUUUUCAUACAGUAACAUCCUCUUACUUUUAAAGUUCAGUUUUCAAUACAUACUGUUUUGUCCAGCUGUCUGUUUUCAGUCCGUUGCCAGAGCGAAAAAAAAUCCAGAGAGGAAAAAAGUGUCAAUAGAGAGCACAUGCCAAAUCCAAGCUAGUUAACUGAAUAGUUUUGAAAGAGAGGUAUUUGAAUAUACAGUCAAUCUGAAAACAGUGGCUGUUGUGUGAUGCUGAGCGCCUCCUAGGAAAUAGAUUGUCCUCAACCAUCGGUGACUUCAGGAGGUGUUGAGUGCGGUCAUCACUUUCAGGAGGUUUUCAGCAACUGCCAUAAUCAGCCCUUGGUCUGUUUCUUUAUAUAAUUUGAUGUGUAAGGGGCAACCUCCUUAUGUUUAUGUUGUGGUCUUCUAACAUAAUAAAUCUUCCACAUGAUGUGAAUGCUUUGUGCUUGUUGUCAAGUUUUGGCAGGGUUAUUCUGAGCUGGUAAUUAAACAGUUGCUGAAAUGUAUGAAGAGCAAGAGUCUGAAAAGAGCCAAGUCUAUUCACAUCAAGGCUUUUGGAGGAUGAAGCUGACAGCAGAGUGAGCCAAAUCUGUGGAAAUUGUCAGCUUGCAAUAACAUAUGUUCAUAGGCUGGAUUAGAAACUGGGUAUUAAAAUAUUAGCAUUUGUUUCUGAGAGCUCGGACAGUAAUUAUUUUCAAAAUUGAAUGAAACUGCAGCAACUCCCACGACAUACAACAAGCUGCAAUCUUAAAAACAAACAAACAAGCAAAAACCCUAAAACUGCGCAGUUGAAGAAACACCGUCUUUUCUGUGAAUCUCAGUGUGCCACAGCUGUCCUGGUAGAACUGUCUCUAAUGAGACACUCCAGCAUUGGGUGUGAUCUUAAGGAAUGUAAGGACUUUGGUUCAUGAGCAUUGGUUUCACAUGUAUAAAUCAACCUGUGGCACCUUUAAGACUAACAGAAGUACUGGUCUUGCGUCUGAUGAAAUGGGCAUUCACCCACGAAAGCUUAUGCUC